CCGUUGCAAAAAUUCAAACAAUGUAAAUUCAGCGAAGUCAGUUAAUUUGAAUUCCACCGCUAGAGGCGCUGUGUGCUGAAAAAAUUCACCAUUUUUGCUGUCAGCGCCGCUGUCGUUCUUUUCAGUAGACUUCCGCCGCGUGUCGACAUUGAUUCGCAAAGUUUUUGAGCAAAAAUGGUAAUUAAGAAGGGAGGACCCAAAGGCCGCCCAGGAGGCAAACACAAGAAGAAGCGCGUGGGAAAGAAAGUUGCGCCUCCGCCCCUCGCUGUGAAGAAAGUGGAGCCCAAGAAGGUCACCAAUCCACUCUUUGAGAAGCGCCCCAAGAACUUUGGCAUUGGUCAAAAUGUUCAGCCCAAGAGGGAUUUGGCCAGAUUUGUCAAGUGGCCCAAGUAUAUUCGCAUCCAGCGGCACAAGUCAGUGCUGCAGAAGCGUCUGAAGGUGCCCCCGCCUGUCAAUCAAUUCACCCAGACCGCAGAUAAGCAGACGGCCGUGCAGCUGUUUAAGCUUCUGGAGAAGUAUCGUCCGGAAUCUGAGAUGGCCAAGAAGGCACGUCUAAAGGCAGCUGCUGAGGCUAAGGCCAAGGGUAAAGAGGUUCCACCAUCCAAGAAGCCCAACACCAUUCGUUCCGGAACAAAUACUGUCACCAAGUUGAUUGAGCAGAAAAAGGCUUCGAUGGUGGUUAUUGCUCACGAUGUGGAUCCCAUUGAGCUGGUUCUCUAUCUGCCUGCUCUGUGCAGGAAAAUGGGCGUUCCCUAUGUGAUUAUCAAGGGAAAGGCUCGAUUGGGUGUUCUGGUCAGACGCAAGACCUGCACCUGCGUUGCUCUUACUCAGGUGGAUGGCAAUGACCGUGUGACUCUUGGUAAGCUCGUGGAAACUGUAAAGAACAACUACAACGAGCGAUACGAUGAGAUCCGUAAGCACUGGGGAGGAGGACUUCUGGGCUUCAAGAGUAUCGCGCGCCAGAGGAAGCUGGAGAAGGCUAAGGCUCGCGAAUUGGCCCAGAAACAUGCAUAGAUAUCCCGUGUAUUAUUUGAAAUUUGAAAUAUACAAGAAAUCAUGGGAAA